AUGCGGAGGCCGCUGGCGGGGACGGCGGCGGGGGCCUCCUCCCGCCGCCGCGCGCUGCAGGGCUGCGCGGCGCUCUUCUUCCUCGCCUACGCGCUCUUCGCGCUGCUCCUCUGGUCGCCGCCGCCGCUCACCACCCUUCCCGGCGCCGCCGGGUCCCGCCCGCUCCACCUCGACGACGACGCCGGCGGGCGGGGCGCGCCGGCGCGGCCCGCCAGACACGCGCACCGGGAGACGCUGGAGGCGGCGCCGUCGGGGAUCGUCUCAGGUCUCGACCUGACCCGCCUCAACUCCUCUCGCGCCGGCGGCGGCGGCUCGCUCCGCAGCGUCGCGGCCGAGGCCGCCGCCUCGGGGGCCCGCGUCUUCGCGGACCUCGAGAGCGCCGCCCUCUCCCAUCCCCUCGACGAGCCGCUCGACGAAUCCAGCCGGUGCCCGCACUCGAUCGUGCUCACGGGGGACGAGUUCCGGGCGAGGGGCCGGGCCGUGGAGCUGCCGUGCGGGCUCACGCUCGGCUCCUACAUCACCGUCGCCGCCACGCCCCGCAGGGCGCACCCCGAGCGGGACCCCAAGAUCAUCCUGCUCAAGGAGGGCGACGAGCCCAUCAUGGUCUCGCAGUUCAUGAUGGAGCUGCAGGGACUCAAGACCGUCGACGGCGAGGACCCGCCCAGGAUCCUGCACUUCAACCCGCGCCUGCGCGGCGACUGGAGCGGCAAGCCCGCCAUCGAGCAGAACACGUGCUACCGAAUGCAGUGGGGAACGCCGAUUCGGUGCGAGGGGUGGAUGUCACGCGCCGACGAGGAGACCGUGGAUGGGAUGGUCAAGUGCGAGAAGUGGAUUCAGGACGAAAGGUCCACGGAGUCCACCACCUCAUGGUGGCUCAACCGGCUCAUCGGCAGGACCAAGAAGGCCUCUCUUGAUUGGCCCUACCCAUUCGUGGAGGACCGCAUGUUUCUUCUCACUCUAACUGCUGGAUUGGAGGGCUAUCAUGUCAAUGUCGACGGGCGACACGUGACGUCGUUUCCAUACCGAAUUGGAUUUGGGCUCGAGGACGCCACCGGCUUAUCGUUGAAUGGGGACCUUGAUGUGCAAUCGGUGUUCGCGGGGACUUUGCCCACUACGCAUCCUAGCUUUGCGCCGCAGAAACACCUCGAGAUGUCACCAAUCUGGCAAGCCCCUCCCCUACCAGACGAGCCCGCCGAGAUCUUCAUCGGCAUCCUGUCAGCGGGGAACCAUUUUGCUGAGCGUAUGGCCGUGCGCAAGACAUGGAUGUCUGCUGCCCACAGGUCCUCCAACGUUGUGGCCCGAUUUUUUGUUGCACUGCAUGGCAGAAAUGAAGUAAACCUGGAGUUGAAAAAGGAGGCGGAAUUCUUUGGGGACAUUGUUAUUGUGCCAUUCAUGGACAGCUAUGAUCUGGUUGUUCUAAAGACUGUUGCGAUAUGCGAAUAUGGGGUCCGUGCUGUCUCUGCAAGAUAUAUUAUGAAGUGUGACGAUGAUAAUUUUGUCAGAAUUCAAUCAGUAAUGGCUGAAGUUAGGAAGAUACCGAGCAGUAAAAGUCUCUAUAUAGGGAACAUGAAUUAUCGCCAUACUCCAAUGCGUGAUGGGAAAUGGGCUGUUACUUAUGAGGAGUGGCCAGAAGAGGUUUAUCCAACAUAUGCAAAUGGUCCUGGAUAUGUUAUAUCUUCUGACAUUGCAGAUUCCAUUGUAUCAGAAUUUACGAACCAUAAAUUAAGGCUUUUCAAAAUGGAAGACGUGAGCAUGGGAAUGUGGGUGGAGCGUUUCAACAAAUCAAAACCUGUUGUAUACGUCCACAGUGUCAAGUUCUGUCAAUUUGGAUGCAUAGACGACUACUACACCGCGCAUUACCAAUCACCGAGGCAGAUGCUAUGUUUGUGGGACAAGCUGCAGGCUGGGAGACCGCGGUGUUGCAAUAUGCGAUAGCAAUAGCGGAACUGGUGACAUUUGAUCCUUCUUUUGCUGAAAAAGUGAAACUUAAGCUGAUGAUACUGAGCUCUGAGAUUGAAGGAAUACUUUUUGAUGGAAAAUUAAAGCAGCUAGAAGACUAACAAUGGGCCAUACUGCAUUGCAUUUCAUUAGAGAUGACUGGGCCAAGUUUCAGCUAGUAGAAAAAACUGAGGGAAUGAACAGCCGGCUUGUAAGGCCUCUUCUGAAACACCUUGUAGCCCUCUUCUUUCCCCACCAUAUAUAUAAUAUAGAAAGAAGUUCUGUGGGCACUAAUAGAACUGCUCAAGGACUUCGUUUGUAAAUGCGAAGGGUAGAAAAGAUUAGCUAAGUUACUGGUAAUUUUGGUAUGACUGAUUGUGGUUCUUGUCAUGACUCAUGAACAGCCCAGAAGGCAGAGAAGAGCAAUCUUGUUGGUUCACGCCAGUUUU